CACAGCUCCUUCAGAAGCACCCAGAAUAGCUAACCAGUCAGUAUCUUAAAGAGUACCACCCGAAAUAAGCAAACCAAGAAGAGAUGGCUACCAAGAUGUUGCUAGGAAUCGUGGCUUUGGUGGCAGCGCUGGCAGUUGCCCCAAGCAAGGCUUAUCUUACUGACGACCAGAAGGAAGAGCUGCUUAAUGCUCACAACUUUUACAGGAGCAGAGUCAGCCCUAUUGCUACAAAUAUGGCAAGACUGAAAUGGGACACUAACCUUGAGCUAUUGGGCCAAUUCUAUUCAGUCGAGUGCAUGAUCGAGCCAAACGAGAGGAAACACGAGCAGUCAACAGAUUACGACUAUGUGGGGGAGAUUUUGGACGGCUCUGGCAACUACACCAUCAACCUCACCGCGAUGGUGUUUAAUUGGUUCUUCGAGGGACGAGACUACAACUUCAACAGUGCUGCCUGCGUUGAUGAGGAUGGGGAAGAAGCUGAAGAAGGCUGUGAGAGAUACCUACAGUUGACGUGGGCUCAGACACGUGUGAUGGGCUGUGGAGGGUAUCGAUGUGAGGAGAUCAUGGGGCUGGAAGAAGAUGACAACGGAGAUGAAGAUGCAACAGCUCUUAUGGUCGCCUGUUACUAUGGCCCUGGAGGUGGAGCUUCAGGUGAGACCCCAUAUCAAACUGGGAGUCAAGCUUGCUCCAGUUGUCCCGGUGAUCUUCCCGACUGUGACGAAAGGAAGCUUUGCUACAACGGUGGUGCAGGCCAAACUGUGGCACAUGUUUCCAUAGUGAUGACACUAAUGGUCAUGGGUGUAAUAUCAUCCAUUCUCUAGUCAGUCAGUCAGUCAGAAUAUGUGUGACAAUGUUUCAAGGAAUUUGUAGCCUAUAGAUACACUUUUUGAACAAAGAAAAUUCUCAUGUAUGCCAUAUAUCAAUUGUUUUAAAUGAA